GGAACAAAAGCCGGAAAAAGUGGAAAAAGUUCAAAAGAAGGACAAGACAUAGUAGAACCAGAGAUUUCCAUCAGGAAAAACAGCCUUGUUGGUGUCCAGUCUACAGUAUCUAGUAAAAUAAAAGUGCCGUCCAUUCAGCCCCUAGUGAAGAAAGACAAACGGCAAAAUUCCUCCAGGUUUAGUGCCAGCAAUAAUCGAGAACUUCAAAAACUAGCAUCUUUAAAAGAUGUUCCUCCUGCUGAUCAAGAGAAGCUUUUUAUCCAGAAGUUACGUCAGUGUUGUGUCCUCUUUGACUUUGUUUCCGAUCCACUAAGUGACCUAAAGUGGAAGGAAGUAAAACGAGCUGCUUUAAGUGAGAUGGUGGAAUACAUCACCCACAAUCGGAAUGUGAUCACAGAGCCUAUCUACCCGGAAGUGGUCCAUAUGUUUGCAGUUAACAUGUUUCGAACAUUACCACCUUCCUCCAAUCCUACGGGAGCAGAAUUUGACCCAGAAGAAGAUGAACCAACAUUAGAAGCGGCCUGGCCUCACCUACAGCUUGUUUAUGAAUUUUUCUUAAGAUUUUUAGAGUCUCCUGAUUUCCAACCUAAUAUAGCGAAGAAAUAUAUUGAUCAGAAGUUUGUAUUGCAGCUUUUAGAGCUCUUUGACAGUGAAGAUCCUCGAGAGAGAGAUUUUCUUAAAACUACCCUUCACAGAAUCUACGGGAAAUUCUUAGGCUUAAGAGCUUACAUCAGAAAACAGAUAAAUAAUAUAUUUUAUAGGUUUAUUUAUGAAACAGAGCGUCACAAUGGCAUAGCAGAGUUACUGGAAAUACUGGGAAGUAUAAUUAAUGGAUUUGCCUUACCACUAAAAGAAGAGCACAAGAUUUUCUUAUUGAAGGUGUUACUACCUUUGCACAAAGUGAAAUCUCUGAGUGUCUACCACCCCCAGCUUGCGUACUGUGUCGUGCAGUUUCUGGAGAAGGACAGCACCCUCACGGAGCCAGUGGUAAUGGCACUGCUCAAAUACUGGCCAAAGACUCACAGUCCAAAAGAAGUAAUGUUCUUGAAUGAGUUAGAAGAAAUUUUAGAUGUGAUCGAACCAUCGGAAUUUGUCAAGAUCAUGGAGCCACUCUUCCGGCAGUUGGCCAAGUGCGUCUCCAGCCCGCACUUCCAGGUGGCGGAGCGCGCGCUGUACUACUGGAACAAUGAGUACAUCAUGAGCCUGAUCAGUGACAACGCGGCCAAGAUCCUGCCCAUCAUGUUCCCGUCCUUGUACCGCAACUCAAAGACCCACUGGAACAAGACAAUACAUGGCUUGAUAUACAACGCGCUGAAACUCUUCAUGGAGAUGAACCAAAAACUAUUUGAUGACUGCACCCAGCAGUUUAAAGCAGAGAAACUGAAAGAGAAGCUAAAAAUGAAAGAACGAGAAGAAGCGUGGGUUAAAAUCGAAAGUCUAGCCAAAGCAAACCCCCAGUACACGGUACUUAGUCAAGCGAGCACCAUGAGCAUCCCGGUUGCCAUGGAGACAGAUGGGCCCUUAUUUGAAGAUGUGCAGAGGCUGAGAAAGGCAGUGAGCGAAGAGGCUCGGCAGGCACAGAAGGACCUGAAGAAGGACCGGGCUCUGAUGCGCCGCAAGUCCGAGCUGCCUCAGGACCUCCACACCAAGAACGCCUUGGAGGCUCACUGCAGAGCCGACGAGCUGCUGUCCCAGGACGGCCGCUAGCCGCCCGCUCGGGCCGGGUUCUGUAGAAAACGUCCCUUCGUGCCAUACAGAUCAGUCACACUCAGAGUCAGAGCUUUCUUCGCCCCGUCCCGUGUCCGUCCCAUAGGCAGUACGCACUCCCGCCCAGCUCGAGAUCAGGAGUUCAAACAAUGGUGACUCGGACCCAGGCCGCGCUGGCCACGCGUCCCCGCACGGUCCCAAACAUGACAGCGUCCCAAAUCAGAGCUAAGGCAAGUACCCCGGCCAUCACCGUCACGUUCUACCCAGUGGAAUGGUGAUCGUUAAACUAGGUGGUUCUAAGAGAAUAUCACUGUCUUUCAAAUCAAAGGAAUGCUUUUAAAAAAUAUUUCAUAUUUUAAGACUUAACAGCCUUUGAACUUGUUUCCACGUGAUUGUUUACACCAGCAGUUUCUUCUUUCUGGUUUUGGUGUUUUUUUUCAAUUUCAUUGAAAUGGUUUUUUGCUGUCGUUCUAACACAGGAAAAGUGACAAUCCUCAGCCGCUGUUUUCCUGAGGUACCCUCACUUUGAGUAACGGCAGGUACACGUGUCCGACUUCUUCGUGUAUUUCUAAAGCCAUAUUUGCCCGUCGGUCCAGCCCCAGGACCCCAGGAGCGAGCUCGGGGGGAAUGCAUCCCGCAGCGAGCUUUCUGUCUCCUUGGCUAGAAUUGGAAUUUGAAACGAUGUGCUCAUUUUUGAGUUUGCAGAAUUUUUUUCUGUACUUACACAUUGUUGCCCUUUAUCAAGGCUCUUGAAUUAAUAAAAUGAGAGUCUCUAAGAAUUCCACACUUUGUAGAAAGCUAGAACGAGGACAUUUUGAGUAAAGCCAGUUCUUGGCUGAGUGCAAACGGCAGCUGCCUUUGGGCAAAGGUAACAACAGUAGCACCGUCUGCGCCGGGUGCUGGCGUGGCAGUCGCCGCUGUUGUGACGGUCCUGAGAGCUGAGGGAGUGACAGGGAGUAUGACUUCAGGUGAGUCCUUAUGUUGAAACGAGCACACAUUGUAUGCACCUCGUGAGGAAAAUCCCGUCUGAGUUUUCAUCAAAUGCUGCUAUAUAUUUCCCAGACUCCCUUGCAUGUGUGGAGCUUCUCGUUUUCGAUGGAAUAGCACGAGGAAAAUUCUUUAAACUUAGUGCUUUGUAUGUUCUUUAUUUCUCUCAGGGUGGCCAGUAUCUUGACUUAUUUAUCCUGCUUGAAAGCUGUUUGAGAUGUGUGCUGCUCCUCUACACAGCGGUUCUCCUUCCUUUUGUCUCGGCAUAUGAUUAGAUAACUUAAUGUAAAUGUCUCGAUGCAUCAGAGACACAGUGUGGCUUCUUUUAGGGUCUGUCUUCUAAUCAAGGUCUUGGUAUCCACGCAAACGCUGUAAAAGCAGACAUCGCUCCCUGCCACUUAAGCCCGUGGGCGGUGUGUCCCGCGCCCUGGAGGACACCCACUCGGGGGAGGGCACUUGUGUGAAGCCCGCGCCGAUCCGCGCCCGGCGGAGGGCAACCCGCUGGCGAGCAGACACGCUUCCUGAGAAACUUGACGAGUAUCUGUCCAGUUACCAUAUGAAAUUCACCAUUUACAAAAGUUCAAAUGCCUUCUCCUUCUGAGGGAAAAAGGGUGCUUUUUACUGUAUAAAGCAGCGUCUCAUGUGUUUUGAUACCAUUGUUUGAACUUCCGUCUUUGGCUGACAGAUGCUCAGAUACCCUUGACUCUGUAUGCUCGGUGUGUUUGUGAGAGAGCUUUCUGGAAGACUCUUGCCCUAGGAAAAAAGCAAAAUUUCACUGUUUGGGUGACUGUGUAAAGCUCAAGGUAUAAGACAUCUAGGUUUUAUUUCUGCUCUUUAUCGAAGACAAACAUUCACCAAAAAGGGAAAAAAAGUUUUGCGAGAAACUAAUUUACUUUGACAAGAGUAUUAUUUAAUAUUUUGGCCUAUUAAAGGUUUCCUAGUUAGUAUUCAGAUGCCCUGUGCUAAUUGUUCAGCUUAUAUAUUAUUAUAUAGAUACGUUGUUUCUUCUGUACCAAACCGAUUUCAAAAGUACUCCAUUGACAAUAAACUGGUGACUGUUUUUCUUCAUAAAGUCCCGCGUUUGGCAUCUUCACUUGUCCCCAGACGUCCCCGUACAUCAGAAAUGUCACUUUUCCCGUGUCUUUAGUGUGGCUUUAGUACAGCUUUCUUUUAAUAUUGUACAUACAUUGUAUCUUUGUUUUAUGGUAAUAAGUAAUAAAAAUGUAGACUUCAUAUUUUGUACAAAAUGUCCUAUGUACAGAAUAAAAAAGUUCAUAGAAACAGCAAAAAUAGGUAAGUGGCACAAUUAUUUUUCCUUAGAAAAUAUCUGUAACUUUAUGCUUUAGUGAAAUGUUAAGUACCUACAUAUUUUUUAACAUUUUGUAACUCAAAACUUUUUGUUUUGACAUUGUUUAUGAAGAGGAACUUCAUACACUUGCCAUUUAAUAUGCUCUUUUAUCUAAUUUUAAAAGACUCUAAAAAUGGUGUAUUAUAUGGACUAAAUAAAGAACAUGUGAAUUUUAUCGCUCA